AUGGGCCGUUCCAAGAGACGAGAAAAAUCUAAUAAAAACUGUAUUCUCUAUCGCGCUCACAAGCCAAUUGUGGACGGACGGACGGACGGUCAGGGGCGACGACAAUACGAUUUGUGGAAAUUCACCACAAUUCAAAAAUCGAUACUUACAUUAACAGAAGGAUUAAUAAAUUUAAUGAAUGGUGGAAAUAUUCACAUUGUCAAUUACAUUGAUUUAGUACAAUAUUCAAAACUUCUACAUGAAACUCUAAAGACAGGACGCGAAACAAAUAGAUUGGGAGACGUUAUAAAAGCUACGAAUGAAGACGAUGAAUAUAUAGAUGAUGAUCAAGAAAUAAAGGAAUUAGAUGAUAUUUCUGGAGAAAGUAGUAGUGGAGAAGGUAUAACGUUUUUGUCCGAUGAUCCUGAACAAUUAACAGACUUAAUAUAA